GAGGUUAGAAAUUAUGUUUUACCCAUGUUUUGCAGAAUUCUCAAUACUUUACAAACGCGGCAGUAUGUAUAAGUACGUGUUAAGUUUAACUUUUAUGAGUAUAGUAUAUUCUCCUGUGCCUGUGGUUCAAGCGAAAAAACCGUACAGUAAACGUCAGCAGGCUGUAUGGCGACUUGAGUGUGAAUUGGGUGUUGUUAAUGACCCGGAAUGUCCCGUCGAUGGGGCGUGGGCGCCCUGGGGCCCCUGGUCCACCUGCCACGGGCCCUGCGACGAUGUCGGCCACCGGAGGAGAACGCGACUGUGCAACAAUCCACCUCCCUCACGAGAUGGCACACCCUGCAGUGGCCUCGCCGAACAAACCGAAACCUGCUACCUCUCAAACUGCACCGUCGAAGACUUCAAAAAACUAGCCGAAGGUGACGCAGUCAGAAUGCAAGCACUACGCCAGCUAGAAGCGGUCCCAGCCUUGAUGGAGCGAUGCCUCCAAAUGGAGUGUCCCUUUGAAGCCAUAGAAGCAGCUUUGGCGACAGAUAACACAUGGCAACUCAAUCCUGAAGCCCUGUGGAACUCUCUUCAGUGCGUUAAGCACAAUUUAGGCUGCCCGGUCUUCGGGGAAUGGGGACCGUGGGGCGCCUGGUCUACUUGCGGUGCCAGGUGUGGUGAAGGUCUGCGGUGGAGGCUCCGACGCUGCGACAACCCUCCUCCUUCGGAUGCCCUCCUCCUUUGCGCAGGAGAACCCUUGCAAGCAGAGGAGUGCCAAGGAGAUCAAUGCGCCACUGACGAAUUCGAACCUCUUGUAAGACCGGGCGGGCAGUGGAGCGACUGGGGCCCGUGGACGGUUUGCUCCGAGAAAUGUGGGACUGGUAUACGUCGAAGGCGAAGAACUUGCAACGAAGUUUACAAACAACGCCCUGCGGGGAUGUGGGGCACGCACUGCCGCGGACAACACGACCAGCUAGAAAUAUGUGGGAACACAAAAUGUGUUAUGGAGGGCGGUUGGUCCGGCUGGAGCGCUUGGGGCCCGUGCUCGCAGUCGUGCGGGGCGGGCAGAAGGUCUCGAACUAGAUCCUGCACCAGACCGAUACCAGCUGGCGGCGGACAAAAUUGCGUUGGUCCUAGAACUGAAGUUGGUUCCUGCCACCACAUACCCUGUGAAGUUUAUUCACACACAGUUGCAGUCUUAAAUGGAGAAUCGCACCUACAGUUUAAUUUCGAGAAUAAACGGUCGACUUUAUUCCAUUUCUACAUCAGGUUUAUGCCUUUAUCGCCACACGGGACUUUGGUACGGAGAGGUACUUUGCACGCUCCUCAAGUUCGUCUGAGCCUACAAAAAUGGCAUGUUUGCUUAGACGCAAGUGGAACCACCCACUCUUGUGAGCUGCCGCGGAUUUGUUCAACUGAAGUUAUUGAUCCAGCUGUUUGGCAUUCCGCCAUGAUAACUGUUACAAGCGAAGCUGCUUCUGUGAGGCUGGACGAUUCUCAAAUCACAACUAAAAGUACUUUCCCCUGCGACCCCGACCUAGCGAACGACAAAGUCAAUAUCUUUGUAGGUGAAAGAUUACAUGGCGAAAUACAGGAACUUAUACUCAAUUUCAUUCCAUUGAAUAUGAUGAUUGAACGAGACCGCAGAGUAAGAACAUCCGAUUUCUAUCCCACUUAUGUUUCUAACGUAGCCUAUGAAAAAUCGAAUAUAGAGGAGGCAUUCCUUAGCCUAGACAACGAGCAGUACAUUAGACUUCCUUGCUUCAAAUCUCAAGAUGACUGGCGUUUAGGAAUAACUUUGAAAUCAAAAAGAGAUACAGGGACUGUCCUGUUUUUAAGAGAUGGCCUUAGCGGAAAUUGGUUACACAUGUCAUUACAAAAUAUGAGAUUGAAGUUGAAAUUGGCCACAGAAGAAAUCCGCUCAGAGAGUGCUAGCUCAUCAGAAUUUUCAUUCGAUCAAUGGCUUGAUGUGGUGUUUUCCAAAAAGAGGGGAUCAAAUACAAUCGAAGCUUUGAUCAAUUCAGGUGAAAAACUUCAUGUUUUAUUCGGGGAGGACUCUUCUCGAAAACGUCGUGAACCUCAGACUCAUUUGAUUUACUUUACACAUAAAAAUGUCCGAGAGACCAAUGAUCAUAAGCGUCAUAGCAAGGAACAUCCAACAGCACACGAAUAUGGAAUUUGUGAUGAUGAACUCUACAUAGGGGGUGUGCCUGUCGAGAUCAAAAAAUUGGUUACCGAGGAGUUUACGUCUUUCGAAGGAAUCGUUGCAUCUGUUAGAAUUGAGGGAAAGUUACAAGACCUGCGUAGUGCUAACGUAGAGCGAUACCAAGACGAUAAGGUUCAAGUAUCUUCCAGAACUGCAAGUGUGUCUGGCUCCUACCACGAAACUGCUUGGGGUAAUUCUAACAGGUUGAAUCUAACGUGCCUUCACACGCGUAGCGCUCGGAGCCCUCACUCGGCCCACUGGCUUUUCCUGGAUACUUCCGUAGCCAGCGUUCUCAGUGACAAGAAAGUGAGAUCGGUGGACGAUGGACGAGUUUUGAGACUAGUCGCAUCAGCUGAUAAUGACCUCCGAGGAUUUUACACGUGCCGCGCCCACUCCAACAAAAGAACCCGCAAUAUUGUUACAUACGGUGUCCUAGGCAAAAUCCAAUACCAGCUUACAGGGCCUGAUGUUACGACAGUUAUUGCCGUGAUCACAACUGUUUCUUUAGUGAUAGCUACUCUUCUGUGGCUCAUCAUUGAAGGAGUGAAUGACCUGCGCGAAGGAUAUGGUUUCUUUAGAGAUGCUCAUUUGUCACCUGAAGAAGAGGCGGACGCGGUGUGUAAGUAUAUCGACGACAAUAUCCACCUCAUAGGGUCUAUGAGUGAUGCAAAGAUGGCAAAAGCGAAAGCGAGGCGUAAAGCCGAGAAGCUAGCAAGUAAAUCUAGCUUUGCUGCUCAGGAACCUCAGGGUAUGAUGCAAGAAGACCAGUCGCCAGGGAACAUUGAUGAGUCUACUCCGACCGAGCCUGAGGGGUUGCCGGCGUUGCCAGAAGUUAAGAGUUCGGCAGCAGAACCGUCCCAUAACGUGUAUAGAUGUGAGCCUUGCUACAUAAGUUCCCCGCGCCAUGGCUCUAUUUCGUCCCCAAGGUCGAAGCUCACGUCAUCUUCUUUUGAAGUGACGUCACCCAGAGUCCUCUGUUCCCGGCUUCUGAUGGCAAAGCGAUUGAACUACUCCCGAGACAGCUUGUCGAGAAAGAAGUCGUCAAGGAGUAAUUUUGGAGUUUCACGAAAGACUCGCUCUAACCUGUUGACGAUUAAGUCUUCCACUUAUAUCAACUUGUCCCCGGCACAAAAAGUUUUACAGAAGUUCAAACAGCUUAAAAGUGAGGACGUUUUGAUUUGACUUAGAAGUUAUGCAAUAUUAUUGUAGGCGCACACUAGGCGAUUUGGCGCCUAUCCUUGUCAAUUUCAUAUAAUUAGACUAGCUUGUAGUCGCGACUCCACGACUGACGCCAAGUAAGUAUGCGAUGCUUUGAACAAAAUGUAUGAAAUUGUAAGCCGCAGCCUGUUGUCGCGUCUAGUCGUCGCGUCUGUCGCCCAAUGUGCGCCUACACUUAGUGUUGUUUUCCGUCUCAUUAAGUACUGGUUUAUAAUUUUAAAUAUACAUGCGCCAUACCUAGUAAUUAUUUCUUCUAAGAACGGUUGCGAAGACCUAGGUAUUCUGCCAGACCUAGGUAUACCAGACUAGACUGCUACAAGUUACCUAGUAGGUCUGACUUUGAAAAC